AUGGCAAUGUCGGAGAUGAGCCCGACUGAAGCGACUGCCUUCAACUCUUUAUUGUUUCCAAACGAUAGCUACGAUCACGGAAUCUACUGGGCUGACCUGAGCUUCGGUGACCGAAUCAACUUCAUCCGAAGUGUGGACUCCGUCGAAAGACGCCAGGAAUCGAGCGCUAUCAAACGUGAGUUCCUGGUGAGUUGCGAAGGGUGGAAUGGUCCGCUUGCAUGGAUAGGGUGGAUACGCGGCUUCUUCAAGCUAUUCGCUUGGUAUUGCGAGACUGCUGUUCUCCCAGGCGCUGGCCUUGGUCUUGAGGGGCGAGUACAAUCCUCUCCAGUGUUGCAGUCAGGUACCCUCACAGCUCGGAAUGAUACUGACUUGACUACUAGUUAUGUUCUCUUCUCCAUCGGCAAUAUCAAGCCACUAUUACAGUCCGCUUUUCCGCGAUGCUGGAAAGACAACGAGAUCUGCAACUUAACCUGGCUUCACGCCAUUGAAUAUCUCGAAGUUGUCGGUAUAAUCUUCGGCCAGAUCGUAGUCGGCUUCAUUGGAGACUGGGUCGGUCGCCGUUGGGGCCUCAUUCAGGACGCCGGAAUCAUGUUCGUCGGCCUGCUCAUGCUGACCGCAGCAUGGGGGGUUACCCAAAACAGCUGGAUAGUUUUCUACGCCUGGGCAUUGUUCUUUUACGGAAUCGGCGUGGGUGGAGAGUAUCCGAUGACUGCGACUUUCGGCAUGGAGAGUGCAGUCGGCUCCGGCAAGGUCUCCACAAGAGAAGAUCGCUUACAUCGCGGCCGCAAAGUCACAUCAGCCUUCUUGAUGCAGGGCUGGGGACAGUUCUGGAACGUCAUCAUCCUGAUCAUCAUGCUGUACAUCACACAGCGCAGCGGCAACCCUCCGUAUUCCCAGGCUGCGGUGCAGUGGACAUACCGUGUCAGCUUUUUCAUCCCAGCUCUCGGGACGGGGUGGCUCGUCUGGUACAGAGCUUACAGGAUGAAAUUCGCCAGCAGAGACCUCACUGCGGCCAAGAAGAAGGCCAACGUUACCGGGUACGACACCCAGUCGCUUAAAUUGACCUGCAAGUACUUCGGAUCUCGUCUCGUGGCCACCGCGGGAACAUGGUUCAUGAAUGACGUCUUCUUCUACGGCAACAAGUUGUUCCAGAACCAGUUUAUCGAGGUCCUCACUACAGGGAACAAGUCUGUCAUGACCACCUGGAAGUAUAACUUGAUCAAUGUCGCUGUCAGCUUGGCCGGCUACUACCUGGCUUCCUUCUUCAUCGACAACAAGCUCUACGGCCGCAAAUGGAUGAUGAUAGUCGGUUUCAUGUGCGACUUCGUCCUCUUUAUGGUACCAGCUUUCGCUUUUGAUUUCUUCACCUCGAAGAAUCACAUCCACGCAUUCCAGGCCAUGUACUUCCUCUCAUCCUUCUUCAAUCAGUUUGGUCCUAAUUCCGUCACAUUCCUUGUUGCAGCUGAGGUGUUCCCCACGCAAGUUAGGGCGACCGCACACGGCUUUGCCGCCGCAAUCGGGAAGCUGGGGGCCUUGGUUGCCGCCAUUAUCUACAACAAAAUCAGCACCCAGAGCAUAUUCUACGUCGUACCUUGGUUCGGCUUGGCUGGAGCCAUCCUGACGUUGGUCUUUCUCCCAGACACCACCGGGUUGGAUCUCAAGGAGCAGGAAAGGCGAUGGUCAUACAUCAGGGAGGGUCGUGAGCAAGAUUAUCACGGCAUUGCCAUCCAUCCGAAGCAUCUCUCUGUAUGGGAGCGUCUCCGCGGUGUCGGCGAACGAUACAACAGUAGCGCUGACUACGAGCAAAGAGUGGAAGAGAUGCGGGGUGACUGGGAAAAUUGGCAGGCCCGCAAGGCUGAAGAGAAGCUCAAGGACGAAGACUCUGAAGCUGAAGAGGACCCAGGGUUCCCCGAAGAGGUCUCGAAUUACUUUCACCGGACUGCCGCUAACGCUGCCACGGGCAGACAGGACCAGAGUUCGGAUAGCUACGAAGAGAAGAAUAAGAACAUUCAGAUUCAGUCAUCGUCUGGGACUAGCAGCACGGAAAGAUAA